AUGUCAACCCCGGGCCCUGACCCGAAGGUGACCGUCCUCCUCUCUAUCCCGUUUAUGAUCAUCGGCUUUCUGUUGAGCCGCGCCCCUUACAACAUGACGUCUGUGCCACCGACAAAGCCGUGGGCCGAUGGGCCUCUCAAGCUCAUCACCACCCCCCAGUACCAGACUAAGAGGACUGACGUCUUCACCACUGGCGCCACCCACAUGGCCCUCCUGCACAACUCUAUCCUCCGCGGCUUCAACUCCAUCUACCUACAAGCUCCCCUCAUUCUUGAACAGGACAAAGCCGACUUCAUCGGAUACUGCCUUGCUUGGUACAAGUUCGUCAAGUCACACCAUGACGACGAAGAGCAAACCCUCUUCAACAAGAUCGAGGAGGUCCUGCAGGAUAAGACUAUCUUCGCCGAAACACACAAGGAGCAUGAGUCGUUCCUCCCCGGCCUCGCAAAAUUCGAGUCUUACCUCACUUCCGUCCAGACCAACCCCUCUUCCUUUGACGGCGAAGAGCUAGUCCGCAUCAUGUCGACCUUCCAAGCCGACUUCGAGCACCACUUUCACUCCGAAGUCGCCACAAUCGCCGCCUUUGCCGAUCAUCCAAACGCGCCCAAGCCAGACACUCCUGAGAACGAGGCCGCUACAACCACCUUCAAGACAUGGGGCAAGAGCACAGUCACCAAGGCUGGCGUUAUGGACGUUGUGCCGCUCUUCUUGAUGAACCUAGACAAGACUGUGGAGGAGGGUAUGUGGACUAACUGGCCACCAAUGCCUGGGCCGAUUCGCUGGGGUCUGGUCAAUCUGGCUGGUGCUGUGCACUACGGCUGGUGGAAGUUUGCCUCAUGUGAUUCAAACGGGAAACCGCAAGAGUUGUGGGCCUACAGGGCACAGGAAAUCAAGGCGCAAAGGGAAGGAGCUGGGAAGACUUGA